AUGGCUAACCAAACCGUCGGUCUAACUGACCGCGAGCUGAAGAAUUUCUCCUUGGACGACCCCAAUUCGGUUGAGCUCAUUCACCAUGCCCAGGAGAGCGAUGCCGCUGACCGCCAGUUGACUAUACGCCAGGCCCUGAAAAAAUAUCCCAAGGCAGUUUUCUGGGCCUUGUUCCUUUCAACCAGUCUGAUCAUGGAGGGGUAUGACACUGUCAUUAUUACCUCAUUCUACGGCCAAACGCAAUUCCAGGACCGCUUUGGAACUUAUUCCGCUUCUACAGGAACGAAGACUAUUUCAGCAGCGUGGCAAUCCGGACUCACCAACUCUUCGGCAGUUGGUCAGCUUGUCGGACUUUUAAUAAAUGCCUACGCGCAGGAUAGAUUUGGCUGUCGACCCACAAUGAUGUUUUUCAUGGCGUGGAUGGCUGUGAUGAUUUUUAUCCCAUUUUUUGCCCCAUCUUUGCCUAUAUUGGCAUGGGGGGAGGCAAUGUGUGGUGUGUCGUGGGGUGUGUUUCAGACUCUUUCGACUACUUAUGCCUGCGAAGUUGUGCCCACCGUGCUGAGACCCUAUGUGACUGCUUAUGUCUGCAUGUGCUGGGGCGCCGGAAUCCUGUUGUCCUCCGGUGUCGUUCGUGCAGUGGCUAGUAUUGAUGGCAAUCUGGGAUGGCGGUUACCCUUCGCUAUCCAAUGGGUCUGGCCGGUUCCUCUCUUCAUUGGUGCAUAUUUCGCUCCCGAGUCCCCCUGGAAUGCAGUGAGGCGAGGAAAGCUUGAAAUAGCAAAAAAGAGCCUCACGCGCUUGAGACAAAAUUCCCCAGAUAAGGAAAGAGAGGUUGAAGCAGCUCUUGCAUACCUCCGCCAUACCACCCAGCUCGAAAAGGCAGAAACGGAAAAUGCGAGCUUCUUUGAAUGUUUUCGAGGUACUAAUUUGCGACGAACCGAGAUUAACUGCGUCAUUUGGGCUGCACAAAUACUUUGCGGUAAUGCUAUUCUCAGCUACUCGGUUGUUUUCCUUGAAGCAGCGGGAUUUUCUGAGCUUCAGGCAUUCAAUUUAAACAUCUCACUCUCAGCAUGCUACAUUGUCGGUGGCAUAAUUUGCUGGCUUCUGUUCCCACAUUUCGGUAGAGCUACAAUCUAUAUGGCGGGGCUAUCGUUUAUGUUCUUCUGCCUCGUCGCUAUUGGCGGUCUGGGAUGGUCAGAGAGCAGAGACGCUGAGCUGGCUGUUGGAAUUCUGUUGGUCAUUUCGACUCUCUGCAACAUGAUCACAGUAGGACCUGCUUGUUAUCCGAUCGUGGCAGAGACCCCGUCUGGAAGACUGAGAUAUAAGACUAUUGUCAUUGGACGAUUUGUAUACAACCUUGCUAACAUCUUCAACAAUUCUGUGACGCCACGUAUGAUUGAUGCUGAUUCUUGGAAUUGGGGUGCCAAAACCGGCCUUUUCUAUGCUGGAACCAACUUGUUGUGCAACAUAUGGUGCUGGUUCCGUCUUCCUGAGACCAAAGACCGUACCUUUGGUGAAAUUGACCUUUUGUUUGAGAACAAUGUUCCAGCCAGAAAGUUCAAGUAUACCAAGGUCGACCAAUUUACUCACCAAGCAGCGGAAAAGGGGCAGCUCGACGAAGAGAAACCCGGUGUUGCUCAUCUAGAAGAUUGA